AUGGUGAUUCCCACUAAACAGUGGCGAAGUUACACUCUACGGAGUAGCUGUGAUAUAACAAUUCCAAGGCAGACAAGAUAUUACUCCUAUACAGCAGCAUGGGUCAGUGUUUUCUUUGCUGACUGCGGUAAUUCUAAUUAAAUUAAAAAUAUAGUUUAUAGUUGUGAUGUGUCAAUGACAAUCAGAUAUGGCUUCAUAUUACCCAUUGAUUAUAUCAGUGUCAUUUUUUGUUCUGAUUCUAAAGGAUUAUGUUAACGCAGAUCCACCAUGUAGGACACCAAAUAACGAUAUAGGAGAAUGCAUAAUCAUUAAAGAAUGUAGCGCAUUAUACGCCAUUCUGCAGAAGAGGCCUCUGACAUCAGCCGAUGCCAAUUUUCUCAGGCAAUCGCAAUGCGGAUUUGUCGGAGUUGUUCCUAAAGUCUGUUGUCCCCCUACAACCUCACCCUUACCAACUCUACCAACCCCUACCCCGAAGCCAUUCACAAGUCUACCUGUAAAUACAGAAAAAUCCAAUGAGGAUACCCCAACGUCCAAUUUGCUCCCCGAUAAGUUAACUUGUGGGCAAGAUACCAAUAACAGGAUUUAUGGCGGUGAAAAAGCGGAACUAGAUGAAUUUCCUUGGAUGGCCUUGAUAGAAUAUGAAAAGCCUAACCGUCAAAGAGGAUUUUAUUGUGGGGGCGUUUUAAUUAGUAAGCGAUACGUUUUAACCGCUUCCCAUUGUCUCAAAGGCAAGGAUCUACCCAAAACGUGGAAAUUAGUGAGUGUUCGCUUGGGAGAAUAUAACACAGAAACAGACAGGGAUUGCAUCAACAAUGGUUUCACUACUGAAUGUAGUGACCCUACUGUAAAUGUUCCUGUUGAAGAAAGAAUUGCUCAUGAGAAGUACGAUCCGUACGAUAUGAACCAGUUCCAUGAUAUUGCACUGUUGAGGCUUAUAAAAGACGUUAAAUUCACCAAUUAUAUCAAACCGAUUUGUUUACCACUAGCAGAAGAGGAAAGAUCAAAGACGUAUAAUGGCAACAGACUCACCGUGGCAGGAUGGGGUAAAACUGAGAAUAGUUCUGAGAGUAGUAUAAAAUUGAAACUUCAGGUACCUGUGCAGCCUCCAGAAACUUGCAAUUCGAUAUAUAGCGCUGCCAGAGUGACCCUUGGUGAGAGUCAGCUAUGUGCCGGUGGAGAAAAAGGUAAAGAUUCCUGCCGUGGUGACAGCGGUGGUCCUUUAAUGACCAUUUCGACUGACAAGGAUGGGGAGGUCAAUUGGUACGCCGCUGGUGUCGUUUCGUUUGGACCUUCACCAUGUGGGAUGGAAGGAUGGCCUGGUGUUUAUACAAGAGUGUCCAAAUAUGUUACAUGGAUAGUUGGUAAACUUAAGCCUCAAAGUUUUUUGAUGGCAAGUAAGGUAAACAGAACUGGUCGUCUAGUUGCAAUGGCUGAGAAACAGAAACAUAAAAAUGACACCUGUAGAACACAUGAUGAACGACCUGGAGAAUGUAUUAUUAUCAAGAAUUGUCCAUCACUCUACGCUCUAUUGAGAGUGAGGCCAAUUCCAGUUGAAAACACAAACCUAUUAAAACGAUCUCAUUGUGGCUUUCAAGGAGAGAUUCCCAAAGUUUGUUGUCCUAUGGACACUCUUACGAUGAGGAGCCAAACUGAAAAAUCUAUUCCAGAUGAUGACGCCCUUCCACCAUUGCAAGAUGCCUUGUUACCCAGUACGAGUGUUUGUGGUGUAGAUUUUGGAAGAAAAAUCAUUGGUGGAACUGUAGCCGAGUUGGAUGAAUUCCCUUGGAUGGCCUUAAUUAUUUAUGAACUACCUAGUGGACAGCAGGAUUUUGGAUGCGGAGGUGUUCUCAUCAAUGAAAGAUAUGUUCUCACAGCUGCUCAUUGUUUGAAGGGAAAGAGUUUGCCAAAGUUCUGGAGAUUAAAAUCUGUUCGACUUGGUGAAUACAACAAGGAUUCAGAUGAAGAUUGCGUUAACAAUGGUUUCACAAAAACGUGUUUGAAGACUCCGCCGAUAAACGUUACAGUCGAGGAGAGGAUUGCCCAUGAGAAGUAUGAUCCAUAUGAUGACGAUCAGAAAUACGACAUAGCUCUGCUGCGCUUAAGCCAAAAAGUUAAAUACACAGAUUAUAUCAAACCAAUAUGUUUACCAUUGCUCGCAGAGGAAAGACGAAGAACUUACAGUGGACUAAAUCUGACAGUCGCAGGGUGGGGGCAGACUGAAAACAGAUCAUCCAGUAGCAUUAAAUUAAAAUUGUUGGUUCCCGUUAUGUCGAAUUCAGAUUGCAAGACUCUUUACAGUGAGGCAAACAAAGAAGUGACCGAAAAACAAAUGUGUGCUGGUGGACAGCUGAACAAGGAUUCUUGCAGGGGCGAUAGUGGAGGACCAUUGAUGUGCAUAAGUGUGGACGAAAAUGGCGAUGCUAACUGGUAUCUAGCAGGAAUUGUGUCUUAUGGUCCAGUGCCUUGUGGAAUUAAGGAUUGGCCAGGGGUUUAUACGAGAGUCUCUAAGUAUAUGGGGUGGAUACUACGACAUAUGAAGCCAUAAAGUUAAUGAAAUAUAGAUAUUAUUUAAUAUAUUGUUUUUUUCGUUUAUCCGAUUAAAAGAUUCAAGUAAAGACUGAGCCUGCACUGAGGA